CGUGGCCAUAUCAAGUGUGCGUUUGUGGGGAUCGUCUGGGGGAGACAUGGCUGUAUCAUCCGAUGGCUCUGGCGUGCAGACGCCCAUGUAAUGGAUGCUGCCUCCAGCAUAGACGCCUCCUACACGGAAUGCGGGAGGGUGAAAUCGGCAUGGCCGUCGAGCUGGACUCCGAAGAAGCACAGGGUCUUCUGGCCCCCCCUUCCAGCCUUCCUCUUAUCCGCCCCAGUCCCUCCGCAACGAGAGGUCGUCAACAUCUGAAUGUUACAAUAUUGGAAUUGUCUUCGGGUCCCGCCACAGGGGGCUGCGGUCUGGAUAGUGACCCAGACAAGCUGUCCUUCCUUUCGAAUGUGUCCACAGGGGGCUUGGAGCCCCCUAUCGUCAUGACACCGAGCGGCAUCUCUCCAGAGCGACGAGAGAGUAAUAAUAGCACACGAAGUUCACGCAGUUUCGCCGGUGGGGGUGUCGGCCAGCAACAGCAGGGCAGAGGGAGUGGCAGUGACGUGUUGGCAGACAACAACAGCGACACCUAUGGCCCCGGAGGUUUGGAUCCAAGGACCUUGUUGCAAGAGAGAUGUAACUGGGAGACGCGAUAUCUUAUGAAGGAGCACCGUCGUGCUGGUAAGGCUACAUUCCAGGGGCAAGUGUACAACUUCCUGGAACGUCCUACAGGAUGGAAGUGCUUCACGUACCACAUCUCUGUUCACUGUGGAUUGAUGUACCUGUAAGCCACGCGCGGCUUAGCCGUCGCCCUGAUGAUAGAGGCAACAAGUAUCCCCGAAACGUCUUUCAGAUCCU